AUGGGCUGGGAUUUCGUUGGCUUUGACGGAGUGGAUCCCUUGGAUGCUAAGCCAAACACAGGAAAAGCCUCAGACUUGCUUCGGUGGGUGAACGCCCGAAGGAAGUGCAAUUUGGAGUUGGCGGAUGGAACAACACUACAAGGCAAUUCUUUUGGCGCAGCCACCUCUGUUUCCGGUGAGGUGGUCUUCAACACAGGGAUGGUGGCAUACCCAGAAUCUAUCACUGAUCCAUCCUAUGCAGGGCAAAUCUUGGUGUUUACCUAUCCGCUCCUUGGAAACUACGGCAUUCCAUCCGAUGAAAAGGAUGAGCUUGGCUUGCCUCGGUGGUUCGAGAGCCACAAGAUUCAUUUGAAGGGCGUGGUGAUCACGGACUACUCCUACGAGCCCUCGCACUACAGCUGUAUUCGCAGCCUGGGGGAGUGGUUAGCCUCGCAGGGUAUUCCAGGCAUUUAUGGAGUGGACACCCGUUUCAUCACGAAAAUCAUCCGGCAAAGUGGAUCGAUGUUGGGAAAGUUGCUGGUGCAAGGAAGCACUCCAUCAGCUUCUUUGGCCUUGGAUGACCCGAACAAGCGGAAUCUCGUGGCCGAAGUGUCAAGGACACAAAAAGACGUCUAUACACCUGUGAAGGUCAACGAACGUUUGAAGAGACAGGUGCAUAUCUUGGCUGUAGAUUGCGGCAUGAAGAACAACAUCAUCAGGUGUUUGGUGAACUUGGGACUGCGCGUGACGGUGGUGCCUUGGGACUAUGACUUCACCCAAGAUGACUUCGAUGGGCUCUUCUUGAGCAACGGCCCAGGAGACCCGACCAUGUGUCAGGCCACGGUGGAGCACGUCCGAUACGUCAUGAAGCACCGACCCGAGACGCCGAUCCUUGGCAUUUGCUUGGGCAAUCAGAUCUUGGCUUUGGCAGCAGGUGCGUCGACUUACAAGAUGAAGUUCGGGAACCGAGGGAUGAACCAGCCAGUGGUGGACCUGCGAACCCAACGGUGCUAUAUCACUGCUCAAAACCAUGGCUUCGCAGUGGAUCAGAGCUCCUUGCCUUCGAAUUGGGAGAUCCGCUCCAAGAUGGCUGACCUGAACCAGGAAGAGACCAAUGCAUUUAUCUUGGGUAUUCUUGGCAAGCUAUCUAAAAAGGAGAACGUGGGAGACUCACUGUCGUUGGAGUGGGCGCUGUGUGGAGCCACUCUAUGCCGCAAUGGUUUCUGCAUUUUGCUUGGCAUCAAUGAGAAAAGGGUGAUGCGGCUUCUUGAUGGUCUUGCUUUGAACCUGGUUCCACCAGACAAGAGGAAGCACAAUGGCCGCGCCCCUUCCAAGGGCAACAAUGUGGAUUCUUUCUUCACAUACUACUACUGGAACUUUGCUGAGACAUUGGCAGAGGCACCGCCGGAGGAAGAACUGCAAGGUGCUGCUAUGUGCACCUCUGGCCUCUUUCUGCCUAGUGAGGCUUCAUCAGAGCUGCCAGCAUCUUUCAUGGAGGGCUCAGCUCAGAGGUGA